AUGGCAAGAGAUGACGAUAAAGUCGGCUUGAAAGUUCUCAUCAGCCGUGGCGUCCACUACCAUAGUAGAGAUAACCAUGGUCGAACGCCACUGACACGAGCGGCCAUGAACGGCUCCUUGCUAGCUGUGGAGACUCUGGUUAAAGAAGAUUCUCGCGGCUUCAUCCAAGUCGAUGACCGGGAUUUCGAGGAUAUCGACAAGAAGGAUCACGGUGGCAAGUCACCCAGGGAUUGGGCCAAAGAUAGGGCUGCACUGGACAAGGUCUGGACUCUAAUUUGCAACAGGGCCAGUUCCGUAUUUGGAAGGAAGUUGAGGGAACGCGAUGUAACGGCCGAAGAAGCAAACGACAACGCCAACGGCAGCGACUACAAGAACAUCUUCGACCGGCGAGAAACCUUCACGAUGUUCCGCAAGUCUCCUCGAUCUUCGUCCCCGAAGAAACCUCGACCCUCCACCCCAAAGAAACCCUCCAAGCUCCGACUCUUCUCGACCCCCGACAAGAUGGAGACCCCUACCAAGGACGAGACCACCCCUACCGCCCCCAUGGAGUCGCCUCCCGCCCCUGCUCCCCCCGUCGAUUCGGAGCUCGCCAAGGCUGAGACCUUCAGCAUGGAGCAGAUUCGUCGCGCUCGUAACCCCAUCAUGAACAUCGCUGUUCGAGGCACCAUCAACCGCUUCAGCCUCGAGUUUUUCCUGCUUCCCGGUGAGCGCCGCAGCCGCUCUCACGUCUUGGUUGAGCUUGAUGAGAAGAUUCGCUUCCGUGACUCCGAGGGUAACGUCGCUGACAUUAAGGGUCUUGCCAUCUGGAUGAAGCAUGUUGGCGACAACUUCGACGGUGAGCUUCACGUUCGCUACGUCAUUGAGGGUCGUCACUUUGUCGAGCCUCUUGCUCGCUUCCAGUUUCCUCUUGUCAACGCCACCAAGCCUGUUUCUGAGCACGUCACCACCAUCGAUGUCAUCAACGUUCUUCAGGGACUCAUUGGCGAAUUCCCUGCCAUUCACCGCAAGACUCUGACCCAGUUCACCUUCCGCCUUCACAAGGGCCGCCUCCUUGGUUGCCGUGAUGCCGUUACCCAGUGGAUGAUCCGCCUCAACCUCGCCGGCAUUGUCGGUUGGCACUACACCCGCCAGGAGGUCGAGAACGUCGAGUACAUCGGACGCCAGGCCGUCAGCGGCCGCGGUUUCGACACCAUGAUCGACCAGAACUUCGCCUCCGACAUGGUCUGCGACGAGUGGGGUUUCCUUUCCGUCGUCGUCAAGGUCUCGCCCGUCUGCCGCGCCAUCUGGCAGCCCAACACCUACCGCGUCAUCAAGCACGCCGGAAAGGAUCUCCCCUACAUGAAGGACGAGAACGACAAGGUCAUCUGCACUGAGCAGUGGAUCCCCAACAAGGACUAA